CGGGUUUCGAAUGUCAUCAGUCAGCGUCCGACAGCGCCGGUUAAUCGUACGGUCACAGACCGCUCUCGCUGCGUUUCUCACGUGUUGAGUUCGACGCCUAAUAGUUCCUCUAAUUAUUACUUUCUUUCCGCUUUUUCGCCAUGGCAGACUACAGCAUCAGGAGUCGUCAAGAGAGCACCGACAGCUUGGACUCUUCUUCAGCUGUCACCACUGACGAGUAUUCGGACGAGGAGAAGGAUGGUUAUGAUAUUGAAGACUUUAAUAUCAUCAAAACAAUAGGGACAGGUACCUUUGGGAGGGUACUACUAUGCAAAAACAAAGAAACAGACCAAUAUGGAGCCAUGAAGAUACUUUGUUUGGCAGAUGUUAUAAGACUAAAACAAGUGGAGCAUGUAAAAAAUGAAAAACACAUACUAGAAGAAAUUAGACAUCCCUUCAUUGUUAAUUUAUUAUGGUGUGACAAGGAUGAUAUCUGCAUUUACAUGCUGUUCGAGUACGUCUGUGGCGGUGAGCUCUUCACAUAUCUAAGGAACGCCGGAAGGUUCACCACAUCGACAGGAAACUUCUACAGCGCGGAGAUAGUCUCAGCAUUGGAAUACUUACAUUCCAGAAACAUUGUCUAUCGGGACCUGAAACCUGAGAAUUUACUCCUGGACAGAGAAGGUCACCUGAAGAUAACAGACUUUGGUUUCGCGAAGAAGCUCACCGACAGAACGUGGACCCUGUGCGGCACCCCAGAAUAUUUGGCGCCUGAAAUUAUCCAGAGUAAGGGACACAACAAGGCCGUAGACUGGUGGGCGUUAGGAGUAUUAGUAUACGAAAUGCUUGCAGGCUAUCCUCCAUUUUAUGAUGACAAUCCAUUUGGAAUAUACGAGAAAAUUCUAAGUGGAAAAAUAGAAUGGCCCAAACAUCUCGAUCCUGUCGCGAAAGAUAUUAUUAAGAAAUUGUUGGUCCAGGAUAGAACAAAGAGACUAGGAAAUAUGAAGUGCGGCGCAGAUGAUGUCAAACGACACCGCUGGUUCAAGGGCAUCGACUGGCAAGAUGUUGCACUUAGAAAAUUAGCUCCACCCGUCGUCCCUAAAAUAAUGUAUGAAGGUGACGCGAGCAACUUUGAUGACUAUCCAGAAGGUGACUGGAAAUCAUCAAGAACUUUAGAAGAUUCGGAGUUAAAGCUAUUUGAAGAUUUUUGAUGAAUUUAUUUUCUUAUUAAUUUGUACCUAUAGGAAGUUAGAAAGCUUGUAAUAGCCACUACACUCGAAUACUGUGUAAGCUAACCAAAAAUUGAAAAUAUCUAGAGUAGAAGGAAGUGGUGCUACUUCGUAUGUUUUGAAAAUAUUGUGAUAUAAGUAAUACUGAGAUAAGCUUAAUUUUUAUAGGACAUUUGUAUAUAUUAAUUGUUACUGAGUGUGAUUUAUUAGUAGAGCGAACCUAAAAUAUAUUAUUAAAAAGUUAGAACAAACAUGAAGGGUAUAAUGUUUUUGUUAAUUUUUUAGUCAGAUUUAACAAUG